CUUUUGGAGAAGGCUGUCAGGAUGAGCUGAUGUGAGCGCUGCAUCAAGUGCGCGGCGGUGAUGCUCCCGUAUAAAGCAGUCCGCUGUAUUUUGGCACAGAGGGGGGAUGCAUCACUUUAACCCUCGGCUCUGCCCUCCGGACUCGCCCAUACACUGUUCAGCCUAGAUAAGUUGAGGAGGGGGGAUAUGUGUGAUGCUUAUUGCGAGGAAAUCCUACCACCACCGAUAUUCCUGAGGAUCUCUCUCUGUUCGGCUUUUUUUUUCCUUUCUUUUUUUUUUUUUUUCUUCAACUUCGAUGGCUUGAGUGGCCCAUUUGCACUCAUGCUCGCAGCCGAGGAGGAAUGUAAGGUACGGGCCAUCUACCGCCCUCACAUUGCGCGGAGUAGCGGCGUGAUUCAGGUCGCUAUCUGAGUGCCAAUAAGAAAAAAAACUACUUUCGAGAUGUGAAUUAUCGAGAUUUGGCUACUCACUCCACCGGCUCGCCUGUCCUAUGCUAUCGACAACGGGAUUUCAAGAGGAAAAUGAUUGUGGCAUAAACUAUUUCUGGAGACGCCUGUCACAGAUAUCGCCGCUGAACUGGAGAGGGUGGAUGGUUAUUUCCCAAACAGUUAAAGCCUAUGUAUACUGCAUUCAUUUGUUGGAAACGCUGCCUAGUAUCAUCGAGAACAGCGCAAGAGGAAUGCUGGUCCAAGAUCUAAUGCCAUUUACUUUAAGUUUCUGGCCUUUUUUCUUCGGUCAUUGCCUUCUCUCACUGUUUUUACUCUCCUGCCAGGGAGAGCUCCAGAGGUCAUGCUCACGGACUGUGGCGGAGAAAGUUAGUGAACAGUGCCAGUUGGCAUGCCACUGUAGAAGAUACCCUCCCCUCCCUCCACCUCCGCCUCCACCGCCUCCACCGCGGCUACUGGCCACCCCAGUGGCAGAGCCCGUAGUGCCCUUGUUGAGGCCCUGGUGGAUGAAGAUGGACAUCAUAGUGCUUGGAACGGUGGGCUGUGCCUCAGUUGUCUUCCUCCUCUCAGCCAUCAUCAUCUGCUACAAGGCUAUCAAGAGGAAACCACUACGGAAAGAGGAAAACGGGACGAGUCGUGGGGAGUAUGCCAUGAGCAUCCGUAACAAGAAGGCCAUGGGUACGAACAACACUGUGGUAUAGACUGUCUCCUGGUGCACACAGGGAGCGACGUCACCAUUAUCUCUCACCCUGACCCCCAAUACAACAAUCCCCUCUCACCCAGAAUGCAACAGGGUUCUACCCGAGGUUUUCAAAUAGGUAAACCUUCCCCCUUUGCUUGGCAUGUUGCCCGGACUGAAGACACCAUUUGGCUGAAGGAAAGCUGGAAAAAAAGAUGGAAGGAAAAAAAAACAAGUCAGAAAGGACGGAGAGAAAGAUCCACAAACCCCCAUGGUGUCGAAAGUGGCACAGCAGGCUGAACAUUAUGCUCUUAGUAACAGCAAGUGUUGCUGACAGGCUGGUUGGCUGCUGGCUGGAGAGGGACUGUCUGCCAGUCUGCUGCAGAUCCAGGCCUCACACACUGUUGACAUCUGCAAUGGAACACCAGACAAUACAGCAGCCCUGCAGUCCCACGGGCGGCCUGACAGGACAGCCCAUCACACACAACAAAUAACAUGCAUGCCGUUUUUACAGAGAAUGCAACAUUUUUAUAUUUCAAUCCUCACACUGUCCAUCUUUUGUUCUCCAUUUUUGAGACAGAUGCUCUGUGAGAGGCAUGAUGUGACUGCCGGUCCUGGCUUUGAGAUGUGGAUUCAUCUGACUAUGCAAUUUAAAGAAAUCCAUAUUUUAAAAAAAGAGGAGCAGCGACAUCAACAUGGGACGUUCUGGUUAUUUUACCAUGCCAAAAAAGCCACUGAAGACUUAGGCUCAAUGUAAUAUAUUUCAGCCAUUCAUGUAUUUAUUGGUUCUCUUUAGUUACUUACCUAUCUUCGAGUUUAUUUUUCUACUUUAAAGAAAAGGACAGUCUUGUACGUUAUUCUCAUCUUUACAACUCUUGAACAUCUUGAUGAAUCCAUUUAUUUCUUCAUAGCUCUGUUUUCUAAGUGAAUAAUUUAUAAACCAUAUAAUUAAUUUGUGAUGCUCCGAUGCUUUAAGCCUGCUGUCAGUUUGUUGAGACACUGAUGCAGAAAACGUGCUUGCUCUGCAAAGAGUUUUGGUAUCAGUUGUUUUGUCUCUGGGUGUUUGAUAUGCUUUUUUUCUGUUUCCCUGAGACUUCAGCUAAAAAGUCAGGGGUCCCAAUGAUGUGCUAUGUGAAUGUGUGUUUUCCAAACAUUAUUUCUGUGCUGCAUCAUAUUGCCAAUCCCAGUUUUUGAUUCGUCAACUCAAUGCAAGCACCCCUACAACUUCAAACCUGCAAUCACAACUCAUCCGGGUAAAUCUUGUUGUUCCACAGUCUUGGGGUCAGCUAGAUGCCUUCAGCCAUGUUUUGUCUGGAUUUGACAAUCUUUAUUUUUCUAUCUGUCAAGAAGGGCUUAGCCCAUCGCUAUAGAAACAGGGGACGUGAGCCUAGAGCUGACCUUGUGACUGGUGACAGACAGGAGACUUAGCCAAUAGCCAGAGAUCAGGUUGCACACAGAGGAUGGCCUCAGCAGGGAUGUGUGUGACUCAGUGCUGUCACAGGCGUCCUCCACAUCCCUGCUGGAAAAACACAACUGAGCUGAACUGGAGCAUCACUCAACGCUGCUCUGCUUUUUUACAUUAAAUCUGUGUGUCUGUGGGUGCAUGACUGUGUGUGUGUGUGUGUGUGUGUGUAUGUGUGUGUGUGCGUGUAUGAGUGUCUGUCUGUGAGUAUGCAUGCAGAUGAGUGUACUCAGUGAGAGUGGGCUGUACUCUGUGGCUGUCAGUGAAGUAUAGAUAUUGGCUAAACUGUGGAAAAUUGGGGGGAAAAAAACACAUGCUUGCAUUUAAACAUGCACAGGUAUUAGCUAACAGUAUACCCCACCAUAUACCUAUAUGAGAGAAAUGAUGGAUGCAUGAAUGUAAAUAUUGAUAUUUAAAUAUCUGCCUUCUGGACUGUUAAUUCAUGUACAGUGUAACAGAACAUAUGUUUAUACAUAGUAAAAAAUUUAAACAAUGUGCUACCAUUUAGAAUUAUGUCAAUGUUGUCAUGUUGAUGGAGCAAGCCAUUAAUGUAUAUAUGGCAAUCAAUAGUACAUACACAAUUUAUGCAUUAUACCAAACAGAUAAAAAGAUGUGCAUAAGUUGAUUUCAUUGCUGAGUUUUUCAGUUGUAAAUAAAACUGUACAUAACAACA